AUGGAUGCAAUUGGCUUUAAUAAUAAUAAUGGAAGAGCAGUAGCAGCAUGUUGUGGAGUGCCAAACAUGAAGUCAGAGUUCAUAUGCUUCGAUUGUAAGAAGUUGGUAUGUCCUUUAUGUCUGGCACGUUCACAUAAUGGUCAUAAGAUGGACUAUAUUGCCAAUAUCAAAGAGAGGCUGGCUAGUAAGGACCUCAAUUCAAUCUGGUGCACUACAAGAUUGGAACAUCUGUGGCAGACAUUACAACAGUGUGCAACAUCGUAUCGAUCAUUGAAAGCUACACAUGAUGAGAUCACUGAUAACUUUGAGCAACUGAUCAAACUGAUCAUGGCCCAAGAACACAAGGCAAAGACACCAAUCAACAAUCAAAUGGAUCUCGUCGGGUCAACCAUCAACGACAUCAUCAAAGAGAUUGGCGACAUCAAUCAUAUUGUCAACUUUGUGCAUCCAUCGGACGUUAACAUCGACAAUGAUGAUGAUGAUGAUGAUGGUGAUGAGAGGGAGAUGAUAACCAAGGUCAUCGAAUCAAUCACAUCAUGCACAUCAGUCAAUCAGUUCAUCAAUACUACAUGGAAGGGAGUGACAGACAAUGAUAAGUUGUGUGAUGACCAGCUGCUGGCCAUGAUCCGCAAUCACUUGGAGCUGACUGAUAAAGUGAAGUAUGAUGACAAGUCAUUAUAUGUGAUGUCUAUAUCAUACAAGGUCGAGACUUACAAGCUGGACGAGAUCAAGAAGCAGAUUGAAUCAGUGUUUGGGUUGAUUCUAGAUCAACCGGUUCCUCAAAAACUGAGUCUGUCAGGCUGUUCUCCAUUCGACAAUUUAAAUUGGAUGGAUCAACAGCAACAGCAACAGCAACAGCAACAGCAACAGCAACAGCAACAGCAACAGCAACAGCAACAGUACCCGCAACAACAACAGCAACAGCAGUACCCGCCCUACAACGCAGGCAGAGGUGGUCGGGGUAGGAGGGUAGGACCACCCUACCGUGGAGGUCACCCCGUUAUAUACUAG